UAAUCAUUUUUUCACUGUAUAUAAAAACUUAUCCUCACUUCAGAGUUCCACACAUCUCCAAACUGUAACAACCAACUGAAUUCCCAACUCUUUGUUUGCUUCACUGAAUCAAUGAUAAGCUGCAACCUUAUUCCUCUCCCUUCAAAAACCAACCUAAAACCUCAUCCAAACACCCAACAUCCUCGUACUUCCCGUACAAACAAUCAUGUACACAAUCUACGUCUUUCCCAUAACAUUAAAGAACCACAAAAACACAACACUUUACCCAACUUAUUAUCAGUCCAUACAAAAAACCCACAUGCCAUUUACAAAGAUAUUCAAAGAUUUGCUCACCAAAACAAACUUAAAGAAGCACUUACCAUUCUUGAUUAUUUAGACCAUCGUGGCAUUCCUGUAAAUUCAACCACAUUUGCUUCACUUAUAGCUGCUUGUGUUCGUUUGAAAUCAUUAAGUGCUGCUAAAAUCGUGCAUACACAUAUAAUAAUUAAUGGACUUGAAAAUAAUGAGUUUAUACAAACUAAGGUUGUUAAUAUGUUUGCUGCUUGUGGGUCGAUUGAUGAUGCGAAGAAGGUGUUUGAUGAAAUGCCUGUGAGAAGUAUUUACCCGUGGAACGCGUUACUUAGGGGAAAUGUGGUGUUGGGUGGGCGUAAGUAUCGUGAAGUAUUGGGUACGUUUUCGGAUAUGAGGGGAUUAGGGGUGGAGUUGAAUGUGUAUAGUUUUUCUUGUUUGAUCAAGAGUUUCGCGGGUGCUAGCGCGCUUUUUCAAGGUUUGAAAACGCACGGGCUAUUGAUCAAGAACGGUUUUUUAGGAAGUGAUAUAGUUAGGACUAGUUUGAUUGAUAUGUAUUUCAAAUGUGGUAAAGUUAGGCUUGCUUAUCGCGUGUUUGAGGAAGUUGAGGAGAGGGAUGUGGUUAUGUGGGGUGCGAUGAUAGCUGGUUUUGCUCAUAAUAAGUUGCAAAGAGAGGCGUUGGAGUAUACAAGAUUGAUGAUAAAGGAGGGAUUAGAUGUGAAUUCUGUUGUUUUAACUACUAUUCUUCCGGUUAUAGGAGAAGCACGGGCAAGAAAACUUGGCAAAGAGGUACAUGCUUAUGUGAUCAAGACAAAGGAAUAUUCGAAGCAGUUGUUCAUUCAAUCUGGUUUAGUUGAUAUGUAUUCUAAAUGUGGAGAUAUUGUAUCUGGAAGAAAGGUGUUUUAUGGGUCAAAAGAGAGGAAUGCGAUUUCUUGGACUGCUCUUAUCUCGGGUUACAUCUUAAAUGGGAGACUUGAGCAGGCGUUGAGAUCCAUUGUGUGGAUGCAACAAGAAGGUUUUAAGCCUGAUCUUGUAACUGUCGCCACUGUUCUCCCUGUUUGUGGGAAACUGAAAGUACUAAAGCAAGGGAAAGAGAUUCAUGCUUAUGCAGUUAAAAAUGGUUUUUUGCCUAAUGCAUCUGUAAGUACAUGCCUAAUGAUGAUGUACUCAAAGUGUGGUUUGCUUCGAUAUUCGUCUAGAGUUUUUGAUAGCAUGGAGAAGAGGAAUGUUAUAUCAUGGACAGCUAUGAUGGAUUCAUAUAUUGACUCUGGGUGUCUUGAGGAAGCACUUGGUGUUUUCCGGUCAAUGCAGUUGUCAAAGCACCGGGCAGACUCUGUUGCAAUGGGAAGGAUUUUAAGUGUUUGUGGGAAAUUGAGACUUUUGAAACUCGGGAGAGAAAUACAUGGUCAGAUUCUGAAAAAAGAUAUAGCAUCUGUACCUUUUGUUUCUGCAGAAGUUGUGAAGAUGUACGGGAGCUGUGGUGCAAUUGAUAAAUCGAGGUUUUGCUUUGAUGCAAUACCUGUCAAAGGAUCUCUAACAUGGACUGCUAUUAUUGAGGCUUACGGAUUAAGUGGCCAAUAUGGAGAAGCAAUAAAUGAGUUUAAGCAGAUGAUAUCAACGGGUUUUGAUCCCAACCAUUUUACUUUUAAAGUUGUUUUUUCUAUUUGUGAGAAAGCUGGAUUUGCUGAUGAGGCUUGUCAAUUCUUCACCAUGAUGACACGAAAGUAUAAGAUAAAGGCAUCUGAAGACCAUUAUACUAGCAUCAUUAACCUUCUACAUCAUGUUGGUCGCAUUGAGGAGGCUGAAAAGUUUGUGCUUCUCAAGCAAUCCUUGGCAUGAGAUAAGAGGAAAAAGAUUGGCCGUAUUGCAUGUUGGUUGGACAUGGUUAUACAUUCGGACACACACCAGUGGCUUGCAGUAGAUUUUGCUAUGGUUUUUCAAUCAACAUUGGUCGGAAGAGUAAUAAUUCCUCAUGCUGAUACACAUAAGGAGCAUGAGGAAGGACCUUCAAAAUGAGAUGAUGUCUAGCCUGAAGAUGCUAAUACAGAUUCAACUAGGACUGGUCUUACCCUUCCAUAGCGCCACUCUAGCAAUUCUUGCUGUAAUAGCUUUGUUGUAUAAAUCUGUAUAGGCUCCAAUAUUUAGUAUGGUAGAUCAACAAGUUUCCUCAAUGAGGAAGCUGAAUGAAGCAUUUAUUUUGCAGCAAAUGAUAUAAAAAGGUCCUUGGAAUUACUAUCCAA